UUCAUGCUGGUUUGUUUCCUGUUUCCAGUAUGUGGAAGCGCCGGCAGUUUAUGUAUUUCAGGUUUUUUGUGUUCGUUUUUUUUUUGUCAUUUGGCAGGUGUGCAACCAAUCACGUGUUGUGUUUAUGUAGCUAACAACAUCAUGUGAUCUGAAACAUCCCUCUUAUGACGACUGUGAUAGAAUAAGGGACAGUAGCAGCACAAUGCAUCUGUGGAGUGUUGUCCCCCUUUGUUUACUCUUGAUCGACACCUCUGUUGGUCAAUAUGAGCCUACGUGGGAAUCAAUUGAUUCAAGACCUAUCCCGGAAUGGUUCGAUCAAGCCAAAUUCGGCAUAUUCAUUCACUGGGGAGUGUUUUCAGUUCCCAGCUAUGGCAGUGAAUGGUUCUGGUGGUACUGGCAGGGCCGGAAAUUCCCGUCGUAUGUGAAGUUUAUGGAGAAGAAUUUCCCACCUGACUUUACUUACGAAAACUUUGCUCCUCAGUUCCGGGCUGAAUUCUUUGAUCCUAAAGAGUGGGUUGACAUUUUUGCCUCGUCUGGAGCCAAAUAUAUUGUCCUCACAACCAAACAUCAUGAAGGGUUUACACUAUGGGGCUCAAAGAACUCGUGGAUGUGGAACGCAGUGGAUGUCGGGCCGAGGCGGGAUCUGGUGGAUGAUAUUGCCACCGCUCUGCGGGCACACAGUGAUUUGCGUCUGGGUCUCUACCACUCUUUAUUUGAGUGGUUUAACCCUCUGUUCAAAGCUGAUGCUGACAAGUCCUUCAAAACCAGUGUGUUUCCUACCACAAAGUCCCUGCCAGAACUAUACGAGAUUAUCAACAAGUUCAAACCUGAGUUGUUGUGGUCUGAUGGUGAUGGAGAUGCGCCCGCCUCUUACUGGAACAGCACAGGGUUCCUCGCCUGGCUUUAUAACGAGAGCCCUGUGCGUGACACUGUUGUGACCAACGACCGCUGGGGAUACGGCACUAUAUGUAAUCAUGGAGGAUAUUACACCUGCUCAGAUCGCUACAACCCCGGACACCUGCUGAAGCACAAGUGGGAGAACUGCAUGUCCAUGGACAAGAAGUCAUGGGGGUUCAGGAGAGAAGCCAAAUUGAGCGACUACCUGACCAUUGAAGAGCUGAUAGCAACUCUUGUUGAGACCGUGUCCUGCGGCGGGAACUUGCUGUUGAACGUGGGUCCCACACACGACGGCCGAAUCAUGCCCAUCUUUGAGGAGCGUCUGCGACAGAUGGGCCAGUGGCUUAAGGUCAACGGAGAGGCCAUUUACAACAGCAGCGCAUGGAGAGUUCAGAACGACACUGUCACUCCUGGAGUCUGGUAUACGAGGAAUCAGAAGAACACAAUCUAUGCUAUUUUCCUUUCAUGGCCCGCUGAUGGCUAUAUUGUUCUGAGCGACCCAGUUGUAUCACCGUCUAAGACGCAGGUGGAGCUGCUUGGAUAUCAGUCCCUCUCGUGGGAGUCCAUGAAACCCACUGGUCUAAAGGUUCAUCUGCCCCAGCUGGACCCCAGUCAGAUUCCCUGCUCCUGGGCUUGGACCCUGCGACUGACUGGUGCAGAGUAGCCAGAGGAUGGCGCCACAGUUAACUGUAGCCUUUAGGAAUAAUGAAUAACAUGACUGUACUACGGGUUUUUGUUAUCCACACAUUUUACAUUUAACUAACCCCUGUGAUGAAAAUCAAGUUUUUAACUUUGUGUCUAUCUUCAUGUCUAUCUGGUGAUUUUCAUAUGCUUAAAGACAAACCAUGUGCAAAUUCAGCUGUCAAAAACAUUGCUGAGCAUUUUUGAUGUACCAAAAAACCCAGUUUGAAACCACCCUUUUUUCUAAGUCACAAACAUGUAAUCAAUCCCA